ACUUUCCCGUUGACGCCGUGCCACCCCCUCCCUCCUCUUUUUCGAGAGCUCUCUCUCUCUCUAAAAACUCCAAAACACAACCGAGACGCGAGCCUAGAGCUAGAGGUGUUCCAAGCGCAGACGCGCACACUGACACGAGACGAGCGGCACAGCUCAUCGCAGCUACUGCCCCCUGCCGCCCUCGCUCCCUCCGCCGAGCCACCCGCGCUGCUGCGCGAGAGAGCGAUUCCGGCGGCCCUUGGCGCGCGGCGUGCCCGCUCCGGUCCUCCCUGCGCCUGUGGCGGUGUGGUGGGAGUUAAUGCGCCCGUGAGCCGGCGGCGGCGGCGGCGGCGGCAGCGAGUGGUGGCGGGUUAAUAAAGGCGGCGUCCGGCCCCCUGAGACGGCGCGGGGGAGCAGAGGGGAGGGCAGCGAAGGUUCGGGUGGUCCGUGAGGCGAUGGGGGGCGCCAAGGGGGAGGAGAAGGCCGCCGUCGGCGACGACUGGUGCUACCAGUUUGGAAAUAAGAAUACAUUUGACUUGAAGGCCCCAAAAAAGUCACCACUCGCAUUGAGAAUGGUUGUUUUCGCUAUGACUAUGUUAUGCGGGAUAUUUAUUUGCUCAAUAUGUAUGAAGCAACUAGGCAGUGACAGCUGGUCGAGAAUAGUGAAGAUUGAAGUCACAGAACAACAAUGUAUUAACUUUACGGUUCCACCUUCUGAGGUUCAGUUUGUGCAUUAUCCACAGCCAGUAACGUACAGCAGAGAUGAAUGCAAGUGCAACCCUGUCCGGUUCUUUGCAAUUAUCUCGUUACAGCGAUCUGGAAGUGGCUGGUUUGAAACCCUUCUUAACAGCCACGUUAAUGUUAGCUCCAAUGGUGAAAUUUUCUCUGCAAAAGAAAGGAGAAGUAACAUUUCAUCUAUUGUAAAGACCUUGGAUAAAGUGUACAAUUUGGAUUGGAAUAGUAGUGCUUCCAAGAAUGAGUGCACUGCUGCUAUUGGCUUUAAGUGGAUGCUUAAUCAGGGUCUUGUGGCAAAUCAUGCAGAUGUAGUUGACUACUUUAAUCGAAGAGGAGUCUCCGCAAUAUUUCUCUUCAGAAGGAAUCUGCUCCGUCAGUUGGUAUCACAAUUAGCAAAUAAUCAUGAUAGAUACCUUAAGCAAUUAAAUGGAACACAUAAAGCCCAUGUUCACACACGAGAUGAGGCUAAUACGCUAGCAAGAUACAAGCCCAGGCUCAACACAACAUCACUAAUUUGGAGCCUGAAACAGGCAGGUGAAUAUAAUCGUGAUGCUCUUGAAAAUCUAAAGAGCAUCCACCACAUCACUAUCUAUUAUGAAGAUCUCAUUCGUAACAGAACAAAGCUUGUUGAUGUCCUGGAUUUCCUCAAAGUGCCAAGGAGGAAACUAAUGAGCCGGCAUGUAAAGAUACACACUAAGCCAUUGUCGGAGCAGAUUGAGAAUUGGGAUGAAGUCUACAAUGCUCUGAAUGGUACCGAAUACGAGAGCUUCUUGAACGCAGACUACAGAAUAUGAUGUGUGUCCACUUUUCUUGUGUAGACAUAGACUCUUUUUGUGUGUGAUUCUUUGCUUCUUUUUCAAUUGCUGGCCUUGGCGACUUGGCGUGCCUGCAAACAUUUUUGAUGCGAGGAAAGUGCUUUGCGGCUGUUGCACUCGAGUUCUUUGAUAGGUCCAUUAAUUGUAUACCCGUUUUCCUGAUGUUUCUGUUACUGAUCUUCAAGCUUCUAAUCUUUUGCACUCCAUUUGUAAUGCCUAAUUCCUGGCCGCAUGAUGUUUCUGAUUGCUGUAUCAUAUGUAGUUGUGUGCUGUCUUCGGUGA